AUCCUCCCUGGGCCUCCUGCUGCCGCCAAGACCAUCAAAGGCUGCAUUGUGCCUGAGCGGGACUCGGGCCUCAUGUGCCAGGGAGGAGGCAGAGGAGGGACACCGCUGGCAGGCUGUCCCCUGCCAGUGCUCUCAGGCUGGUGCUCCCAGGGGCCUCGGCCCUGGGAGGAUGGUGCACACAUGGGUGGCUGCUUCUGCAUCCCCGGGGAGCCGAGUCCGUCCUGGGGCCUAGGUAAAGAAACUCCUUCCAAGGAUCCAACCAUAUCGAGUGAGUUUAUACCCUCAUCUGAAAACAAGGAAAAAUGUUUCCUGUCACAGAACAUGACUCCAGACCUGACCCUUUCCUUCAGCGUGAAGAGCCGCUCCCGGAGGUGUGUCAACGGCCCCCUGCAGGAAGCCGCGAGGAGGCGGCUCUGGGCGCUGGAGAAUGAGGACCAGGAGGUGCGCGCGUUGUUUAAGGACCUCUCGGCCAGGCUGGUGGGUGUUCAGUCCCAGAAGGCCCAGUUCCUCAUCACCUUCAAGACCAUGGAGGAAGUCUGGAAGUUCUCCACCUACCUGAGCUUGGGCUACGUAUCUGCAUGUUUGGAGCAUCUCCUCUUUGACCACAAAUUCUGGCUCAACUGCCGAUUGGUGGAGGAUACAGAGAUCCACGUGUCCGUCGAUGAUAAACAUCUGGAACACAUAUACCUGGGACUUCUGAUCCAAGAAGGUCAUUUCUUCUGCAGAGCCAUGUGCUCUGUGGCUCAGCCAACUGAGAAGGAAGGGGAGUAUUUGACCCUUUGCAAGAAUGAGUUAAUCUCGGUGAAGGUAGCUGAAGGCGAGUCCGAGUGGGAAGGUGUGUCCUUGGUGACGGGUCAGCGGGGCUUGGUGCCAGUGUCAGCUGUGGAGCCCCUUCCUCUCCCUUUCCAUCAGUGGUUCCUGAAGAAUUAUCCGGGAAGCUGUGGCCUUUCCAGGAAGAGGGAUUGGACAGGCUCCCAUCAGAUUGGUAGAGGGAAAUGUAAGGCCUGGAAGGCAUAUGAGAGCGAAGAAAAGGAUGAACUGAGUUUCCAUCAGGGAGAGAGCAUUGAGAUCAUCGGCUUCGUCAUUCCUGGGCUCCAGUGGUUCAUCGGGAGGUCAGCGCUUACAGGAGAAGUGGGCUUUGUCCCCACCAGGCACGUCGAUCCUGAUUCUUACUCCCCAGUGAGCAAGCACUCUGCCUUUUUCAGUGAUGAGGAGAGAUGCUCUCUGGGGGUCCUGGGAAGUGACAGGACAACUGAGUGUGCCAGCUUCCUCCACGCGCUUGCUCAGACUGACAUCGCGUCUGUCUACCGGCUUAGUGGGUUUGAAUCAAUCCCGAAUCUUCCAAAUGAUCUGAGUGAGUCCCAGCCUGAAGGCUUCAGAGAGACCCGGCCUGGUGGAUCCUGGGAGCAGUAUCAGGCCCUGGGCUCCAGACGUUCCAGCAGUUCCGAGGACUCCAGCCUGGACGAGGAGCUGCUGUCCGCUGCGUCAGACACAUACCACCUGCCGGAGCCCGGUGACCUCACUGACCCGGAGCUGCUCAUGGACCUGAACACCGGUCAGGAGGAGGGGGAGGCUGAGAACUUGGCUCCCAUCCUGGCUUUUCUGGAUCACGCGGGCUACGCCGAGCACUUGAAGAGCCUCUACGACGUUCCCUUUUCCUUCCUCACAUCUUCGUUUCACAGCUACUCUGAGGAGGACGAGCUGGUGGCCUACCUGGAAGCUUCGAGGAAGUGGGCCAAGCGGAGCCGCAAGACCUGGGCUCACGCCCGGCUCUGCUUCCUCCUGGGCCGGCUGAGCGCCAGGAAGGUCAAGCUCUCUCAGGCCAGGGUGUACUUUGAGGAGGCCGUCCGUGUGCUCAGCGGGGCAUUCGAGGACCUGCCCUUGGCGGCCGCCCUGUACAUCAACUUGGCAGCCAUCUACCUGAGGCAGAGGCUGAGGCAUAAAGGCUCGGCCCUGCUCGAGAAGGCAGGUGCCCUGUUGGCCUGCCUGCCUGACCGUGAGUGUAGUGCCAAGAGCGAGCUGGACGUGGUGGCCUAUGUGCUGAGACAGGGCAUCGUGUCAGGCAGCUGUCCCCUGGAGGCCAGGGCCUGCUUCCUGGCCAUCCGAUUGCUCCUAAGCUCCGGACAGCAUGAGGAGGUCCUGCCCUUCGCCGAGCGCCUGCAGCUGCUCUCUGGCCGCCCCCCUGCUUCGGAUGCCACAGCUGCCGUCUUGAGUUUUCUCUAUGACAAGAAAUACCUGCCACACCUUGCGGUGGCCUCUGUCCGGCAGCGUGCUCCUCAGAGUGCCCAAGGGGUGGCCCUUCCAAUUUGGCAGGUGCAUCUGGUCCUCCAGAACAGCACCAGGCUCCUCGGCGUCCCUGCUUCGGUCUGGGGUGACGUUUCCGCCCUGGCCUGCCCGGCACUCAGGCAGGCGCUGGCUGCCUGUGAGGAGGAGGUGGAUCGGAGCACCCAGAGGGCCCUGUGUCUCAUCCUGUCCAAAGUGUACCUCCAGCACAGGUCCCCUGAUGGUGCCAUCCGCUACCUGAGCCAAGCCGUGAUGCUAGGCCGGCUGCUGAGUGAGCACGAAGCUUUUGAGUCCUCCCUCUGCUUGGCGUGGGCCUGUCUCUUGGCCAGCCAGGCAAAGAAGGCUUUGGACAUCCUUGAGCCACUCUUACACCGCCUGGAAGAGGCAGAGGGGGCGCCCCAGGAGGGCGUGGUCCACAACCUCCUGGGACUUGCUCUUCAAGGUGAAGGCUGCGUGCACAAGGCAGCCAAGAGCUAUCUCCGGGCCUUGAACAGAGCCCAGGAGAUGGGGGACGUGCGUAACCAGGCGGUGGCUUUGGCUAACCUUGGUCAUCUGAACCUGAAGUCCUGGACUCUGCAGCCAGCCAGGGACCAUCUUCUGCAGGCCGUGCAACUCUAUGCUCAGCUCCAGGCCAGCAUGGAGACAGAUAUGGAAUUAGUACAGGUGCUUCUCUGGUUGGCCCAGGUCCAGGUGCGUGGAAGCCGGCUGGCCAGCGGUCGCGUGUGUUAUGAAAUGGCACUGCUGUUUGGCUUAAAGCAUCGACACCUGAAGAGUCAGCUUCAGGUCACCAAAUCCCUCUGCCAUUUCUACAGCUCUGUGUGCCCAAACCCUGAGGCAUGCAUCACCUACCAUGAGCACUGGCUGACCCUGGCUCAGCAGCUCAGGGACCGGGAGAUGGAGGGGAGGCUGCUGGAGUCCCUUGGACAACUCUACCGGAACCUAAACACAGCCAGGUCCCUCAGGAAGUCCCUCACCUGCAUCAAGGAGAGCCUGCGGAUCUUCACUGACCUGGGGGAGAGAGACAAGGCUGCCGAGGCCUGGCUUGGGGCUGGCCGACUCCACUAUCUCAUGCAGGAGGACGAGCUGGUGGAGCUGUAUCUGCAGGCAGCCAUCCAGAAAGCCCUGAAGUCAGAGGAGCCCUCCCUGGCGCUCAGGCUCUAUGAGGAAGCGGGCGAUGUGUUCUUCAAUGGGACCCGCCACAGGCACCGAGCUGUGGAGUAUUACCGAACUGGAGCUAUUCCCUUAGCAAGGAGGAUGAAGGCCGUGAGAACGGAGCUCCGGAUUUUCAACAAGUUGACAGAGCUGCAGAUCAGCCUGGAAGGCUAUGAGAAGGCUUUGGAAUUUGCCACCUUAGCAGCCAGGCUCAGCACCGUUGCAGGGGAUCGGAGGCAGGAGCUGGUGGCCUUCCACCGUCUGGCUACUGUGUACCACUCUCUGCACAUGUAUGAGAUGGCUGAGGACUGCUACCUGAAGACUCUGUCCCUCUGCCCACCCUGGCUGCAAAGCCCCAAGGAGGCCUUAUACUAUGCCAAGGUCUAUUAUCGUCUGGGCCGACUCACGUUCGACCAGCUGAAGCUCCCAGGAAGUGGGACAAAGUGUGCGAGACUGAUUGCAUUAACUGAGGGCUCUGGGGCUUGCACGGGGAAGCGCUCUACUGGGGCUAGCCGAAGCAAAGAAGGAGAUUUAUUGGCUCAAGGAACUGGGAAGUUCAGGGGUACGUUUAAUCUCAGGUAGUCCUGGAAGCUGGGGCUCAUCAUGGUUUUCCCCACCUCUUCGUUUCUCUCUUGGCUCUGUAGGUUUCUGCUUCUGUCUGGUUCUUGGCUUUUUUCUCUGCAGUUAUUGGUAGGCUCAAGCCCGCAGCUAGAAGGGUGAGGGACUGUGUUAGGUCGCACCUGAAAGGUCCCAGGGGUGGCUUACGGCAGGUCAUCUUGAAUCCUUUACACAUCGCUGGAGCUCUGUGCCCGGGGCAGUGCUGCUUCCUGAUGGUCUGAUCCGAGCUAAGGAGCUGCUCCUGGGCCUGGGGGGGAGGGCCACUGGGGUCGCACUGUCCUGACAUGCAGUGGGACUAUGUGGGGAGGCUCCUCCACGGAGCCUGGGGAAGGCGGCAGGGAAGGCUGUGAGACAGACCAAAGCUAGUGUUGGGAGCACUCCCAGCACUUCCUCCCGGCCUCCCUGGGACGUGUCUGCUAAUGCUCUCUCUUCUCUGCCCCUGUGCCACCGGUUAGGAUGCCCACGAUGCCACUGAAUACUUCGGGCUGGCCCUGGCUGCAGCGGUCCUGCUGGGUGACGAGGAGCUGCAGGAUGCCAUCAGGACCAGGCUGGACAGCGUCUGCCGGAGCGCGCUGUGGCACAGCAGCCCCUC